UGAACUUCUAAUAGGACUCAAUCUUUCGUGUUUUGUUCUUAUUUCUGUCUCUCUCUCUUUCUUCAUCUGUUCCAUAUAAAUACUACUACGACCCACCUAGGCACCUACAAGAUUGAAGAAGACGGCACCUACAAGACUGAUCAUCAAAGGAAGGGAAGAUGGCUAGUGCAAUGGUCAGUCAUGAAGGCAAUUUUGAUGUGCUGGAUAUAUCAAGAAGAUCAGAGAAGGAAGGGUUGAGUCGUGCAAUGAUGGAGAUACAAAGAAGAAGAUCAGAGGAGAAGGAGAGGGAGAAGGAGGAGAUGAGUCAUGCGGAGAUAUCAGAGGAGGACGAGUGGAUGAGUGAUGCAAUGAUGGGUGAUGGUAACGAAGAGAAUAAGAGAAAUAUAGAUCUGAUGAAAAUACCAACUGGGUUCAGAUUCGCUCCUACAGAUCUAGAGUUUGUCAAAUAUUAUCUCACACCGAAGGUCUUGGGUAAACCACUUCCACCCAAUAACAUUGACCAUAUGGAUGAAACUGAGCUUUACAGCAAACCUCCAGACGACCUAGAUUUUGGUUCUUGGGAUGGAAAGGAAUGCUUUUUCUUUACCCGUCAAGAUGGAUCUUCUUAUGAUGGAUUGGUAUCAAUUCACAUUGUGGGAAAUGGAAUAGGUUUCUGGAAAUUUAUUGGAAAAGAAAAAUUUUACUGUAAUUGUCAUGGAAACAAGUUUGCCAAGUUUGCCAAGUUUGCUUUCAAGAGCCGCUGGACUUACUACAAUGGAACACCACAGAAAAGGAGAAAAACAAAAUGGUUUAUGACUCAGUAUCAAUUUCAAAUGAAAGACGAGAAGGACGAGGACAAGGACGACAGUGAAUGGGUCGUCGGAAGGAUGAAAAAAGGCUCGAAUUACAGGAGUUUAUUUCAGUAGCAGUUUUGCAUCUACAGAGUGUAUUUUGAUCUCAAUUGUUGCUAGGUUUACUAAUAAAAGAAGGAAACAAGAUGAUCACCAAGCACCCAAAAGAAGAAAGAUUAGAAAUAGAAAUUG